AGACAGAGCGUGGCAUGUACGAAUCGCAGGGGGUUGUAUACGUGAGGGUUGAAAGGAAGAAUCAGCUGAGUUACAAGCUCAGUGCGGCCAGGGCGCUCCAGGGUGUUACAUAAAGUUACUGCUGCUCCUCCACACUCCACACCCUUAAGGAUGGAGGGAACACCAGAAAGUUUCAUGGAAGCUGCAAAGGAGGCAGCAGAAGAGAUUGGGGCAGAACCAAUGGUUGGCGUGUUGGACCUGGUGUUGCUAACUUUGCUUGGCUGCGUCUCUGUAUAUUAUUUCUUCCUGCGAGAUAGCAACAAAAAAGAUGAUGAUGCUCCCAUUAGGAGCUUCACAAUAUCGCCAACGCAAUUACAAACACGCCCAAACGACAAUAGCUUCGUUUCCAAAAUGAAGUCUUCAGGAAGAAACGUUGUUGUGUUUUAUGGUUCUCAAACUGGAACAGCUGAAGAAUUUGCAGGACGACUCGCCAAAGAAGCCACCCGCUUCGGUAUGAAGGGCAUGGUGGCUGAUCCCGAAGAAUGUGACAUGACAGAGCUGUCACAACUGGCCGAGAUUGAGAAUCAUCUGGCCAUCUUUUGCGUUGCCACAUACGGUGAAGGAGAUCCUACUGAUAAUGCCCAAGAAUUUUUUGAAUUUUUGGAAAGUGGUGAAGAACAACUUGAGGGAGUGCAAUACACGGUCUUUGGUUUGGGUAACAAGACCUACGAACAUUAUAAUGCCAUGGGAAAAUAUGUGGAUAAGCGCCUGGCCGAACUAGGUGCCAGCAGAGUCUUUGAGUCGGGUAUGGGAGAUGAUGAUGCUAAUAUGGAAGAUGAUUUUAUUACUUGGAAGGAUGCUAUGUGGCUAAAGGUUUGUGAAUUCUUUGGGAUCGAAGGUCAGGCACAAGACAUCAAUAUGAGGCAGUACAGACUUACAGUCCAUGAGGAUUAUGACCCGUCUCGUCUAUUCACUGGAGAGCUUGCUCGUUUAAAUUCACUAAAGAUUGGCAACCAGAGACCUCCAUUUGACAGCAAGAAUCCAUUCAUGGCAGAAAUCAAAAUCAAUCGAGAAUUAUUUAAAGGAGGAGAUCGCAACUGUAUGCACAUUGAACUGGACAUUGAAGGCUCAAGAAUAAGGUACGAUUCAGGCGACCAUGUGGCAGUUUAUCCUGUAAACGACACUACCCUUGUGAACCGACUCCUAGAACUUGUUGGAGAAGAUCCCCAAAAAGUCAUCACCCUCACUAACGUCGAUGAGGACAGCAGCAAGAAACAUCCCUUUCCCUGUCCUUGCACGUAUCGCACGGCUCUCUCACAUUAUGUCGAUAUUGCAUCCUUGCCCAGAACUCAUGUUCUAAAGGAGCUUGCAGAAUAUACAACCGAUAAUGCGGAGAAAGAAAAACUGUUACUCAUGAGUGGAACAAGUGAGGCGGGCAAAGCAGAGUACCAUCGUUGGAUUGUGCACGAUGUCCGCAGCAUUGUCCACAUUCUGGAGGACUUGCCUUCAUGUAAACCCCCACUUGAUUACCUCUGUGAACUACUUCCCAGGCUUCAAGCAAGAUACUACUCUAUAUCAUCUUCAGGAAAGCUUUAUCCCAAUACAAUCCACGUGACUGCGAAUGUCCUGAAGUAUGUGACGCCUACAGGGCGAACGAAUAAGGGCGUAUGCACUACACAUCUCAAACAGUUGAAACCCGACAACGGCAUCAAGUAUCACGCACCAAUCUUCGUCAGAAAAUCACAGUUCAGGUUACCAAGCAAGCCACAGACUCCGGUGCUGAUGAUUGGGCCAGGCACAGGCAUUGCUCCAUUCCGUGGGUUCAUCCAGGACAGAAGUCAUCAGAAAGAAGAGGGGAAACCUGUUGGGGAUACUGUACUCUACUUUGGCUGUCGAAAUAAGGACAAGGACUACUUGUAUGAGGAGGAGCUGACUGCAUAUAGAGACUCUGGCCUUCUGAAGCUGUAUGUUGCUUUUAGCAGAGAUCAGCCAGAAAAAAUUUAUGUAACUCAUCUUUUGGAAGAAAACAAGGCUGAAGUAUGGCGUAUAAUUGGAGAGGAAAAUGGUCAUCUCUAUGUUUGUGGAGAUGCGAAGAGCAUGGCUCGGGACGUUCAUGCCAUCAUAAUUAAGAUUUGUCAGACAGAGGGAGGGAUGACGCAAAAUGAAGCCGAGAUCUAUGUGAAGAAAAUGAUUACCACAAAACGUUACUCUUCUGAUGUCUGGAGUUGAAAAUGUUUGUAAGCAGCUAUUUUUAGAGAUUUAUAUUCUAUAGUAAUAAUACACAAAGCUUUUAUUAGAGAUUUAAGAUCUUGUAGCACUUUGUUAAAUUUAUAUUGUACUCAAAAUGUCUUUGAAAAAUACAUGUUUAAACAAAUAUUGUCGAGUUUGACCCUUCCAUUUUAUCUCGAUACUAUAGUACAAGUAAAAGCUAUUUUUUACUGGAGGUUAUUGUGUAAAGUUUAUACAGAUAUUUUAUUACAGUAUUAAGGAAAUUUCAUUUAGUUAAAAUUCUUUACCAGUGGCUAAAGUUCUCUGGUUUUCAAUAUUUAUCAGAUUCUGGUAGUAUUAGCAAUCAGCCAGUUGAUCUUGUGCUUGCCUAUCUUUUGUUGUAAUAAUAUUGUUUACUUUGGUGUGUGUAGGCAGUGCCUGUGGCCUCCCAAGUCUCUCAAAGCCUUGGACAAUAUGGCAUGACACUUGGAAAAUAGUUUUGUAAUUUGAGCAUAAUGAAUUAAAAUGAUAGUAGUAGGAAAUUGUGGCCUCAUUUUGGGGGAUUGGAAUGGAUGGGUGGGAGGAUGGAUAAGAUAUAGAUAGAUAGAUAUAUAGAUAUAUUUUUUUUUUUAAUAAAGUUCUGCAACCUCUAGGUACUCUGUUAUGUCAUAGCUUGCAAUUGUUUUCUAGCUUGCUUCCAGCAUAGUUUUCUAGUAAAUAUUAACAUUUUUACCUUUCCAUUGAAUUUUUGGUAAUCUGUUACAUCGAUGUUGCAUAAAAAAUUGAUGAUAAUUUAAGAUAUUCAAAUGAUUAUUACUAAUGUGUUAAUUUUAGUGUAUAUUUUGCAUGAAUUGAAAGCCAAUAUAUUUACUUAAGAGAUUUUGGAGUCUGAAGAGUCUGAACCCACUCACCAUUUAUAAUAAAUUACAGCGCAACAUCGCUUUGGUGAGAUGUAAAUUUUCAAAGUACUUUUAAGGCUGAAUUUCCUCCUCUUCAUCGCCAAAUGUUAAGCGAGUUGGGUGAUGCAAGAAUUUGAUUAGGAUGUGGACCAUAAUUCACUGACUUAGCCGACAAGAGUUUCAAACGAAUAAACUAUGAAACUUA